GGGGCGGCCGGCGGAGGGAGGCGCUGCCGGCGCCGGGCCCGCGCGUCCCGCGGGAGGCGGCCAUGUCUACCGGCGAGGCGGAGCGGUUGUCGGCGGACGCCGAUGGGGCCGCCGGGGACGAGGAGGAGGAGUGGCUCUAUGGCGAUGAAAAUGAAGCAGAGAGACCAGAGGAAGAAAAAUCUAGCGCUCCACCCCCGCCUGGAAGUGAAGAGGAAGCUGCAGAAAAUGGCAUUGUAAAAACGAAAGUGGCAGAGGCUGAGGAUGACAGUGAUAGUGAUAGUGAUGAUGAUGAAGAUGAUGUUCAAGUCACCAUAGGGGAUAUUAAGACAGGAGCUCCACAGUUUAGUUAUGGAGCAGCACCUGUGAAUCUCAAUAUUAAGGCAGGAGGACGAGCUUAUGGAUCUUCUGGUGCAAAAGUUAAAGGACUGGAUCUAGAUGCACCAGGGAGUAUUAAUGGUGUGCCACUUCUGGAAGUAGAUUUAGAUUCUUUUGAAGAUAAACCUUGGAGGAAGCCAGGGGCUGAUCUCUCAGAUUAUUUUAACUAUGGCUUCAAUGAAGAUACCUGGAAAGCUUACUGUGAAAAACAAAAGAGAAUACGAAUGGGUCUUGAAAUUUUGCCAGUUACCUCAACCACAAAUAAAAUUACGGCUGAAGACAAAGCUAUGGAAGUAAGACCAAGUGCAGAGAUUCUCGAUGGCAGAUACCAUCUUUUAAAGGUACAGCAAGGCAGAACUGGAAAUUUGGAGAAAGAGUUGGCAGUGCAGUCGACCAAACCUGAUUUCACAUCUCCUCCUGCCUUAUUCAAAUCAGGAAUUCCAACAAACAGGCGAAUAUCUGGCACAAUAGAUGUGAUUGGACAGACCAUCACUAUCAGCAGGGUGGAAGGACGACGGCGUGCUAAUGAAAACAGCAACAUACAGGUUCUUUCAGAACGCUCUAAUCCUGAAGUAGACAGUUUUACCAAGCCACCUCCAUUUUUCCCUCCAGGAGCUCCACCUACUCACCUUCCACCACCUCCUUUCCUCCCACCCCCUCCAACUGUCAGUACUGCUCCACCUCUGAUUCCCCCACCAGGUAUACCAAUAACAGUGCCACCACCAGGGUUUCCACCACCACCUGGAGGUCCUCCACCUUCCCUCAUACCCACAAUAGACAGUGGACAUUCUUCUGGCUAUGAUGGUCGUCCUGUUCGUGCAUUUUCAUAUGGCAGUGUCACCUUUCCACACCCUGCAGGUUCUGCACCCUCAUGGUCUAGUCUUUUGGACACCAGCAAACAGUGGGAUUACUAUGCACGAAGAGAGAAGGAUAGGGAACGUGAGAGAGAGAGAUCCCGAGAUCGGGAUCGCGACCGGGACCGGGAUCGAGACAGAGAUCGAGACCGUACCAGAGACAGGGAAAGGGACCGAGAUCACAGUCCAUCCUCAAGUGCAUUCAACAGUGAUGAAGAACGCUACAGAUACAGAGACUAUGCAGAGAGGGGUUAUGACCGCCAUAGGACAAGCAGAGAGAAAGAAGACAGACACAGAGACAGGAGACACAGAGAGAAAGAAGAGACUCGACACAAGUCAUCUCGAAGUAACAGCAGACGUCGUCACGACAGUGAAGAAGGGGAUAGCCACAGAAGGCACAAACACAAGAAGUCGAAAAGAAGCAAAGAAGGAAAAGAAGCCAGUGGUGAACCUGCUCCUGAACAGGAAAACACUGAAGCUGCCCCUGUGGAAUAGGCUUGUGUGAUUUUUUUGCCUACUUGCAUAUAUAUUAGUGCCAGAAAUAGAUUACUAUAAAUCUUGUUAUUUUUCUGGGAAUUAUAAUAAUUUGCUCUUAAUCUUGUUCUGUUAGUUUGAAAUCAAAGGUUACUUUGGUUUUUUUUGAAAAUAAAAGAAUGAAUUUUUCAUGUUAAGGUUCUUGGACUGACUUUGUAUUUUAAGGAACAGUGAAAAAAAAAUCUUACAACUAGAGGCUUAUGCUCUUACAAUAUAAGCAGGGCUUAAAUUCUUUGUAUUAAAUUGUCUCCUUUUUUCAUGAGCCAACGGGAAGGUCAUUCUUUUACUGACUUUAGAAACAGUGUGCAUUCAUUUUAUUACAUUCCCAACAUCUGGAACAGUGUGGGUUUAGCAUAGCUUUUGGAGUCAUAUUUGGAGAGGUCACCCUUUACUACAGGGACACACAAGAACUGCAGGGUCUUCAAAAACCUUGUGAUAAUGUGAAGCAAAACAACCUAGGGAAAGUGGGAAAGGUGCCGAUCGUUCUUAGCUGAAUGGAACACUGAGCAUGGUGAUGAUACACUUGGUAAUUAUGUCUGGUUUGUGUGGGUGCAUAAGGAUGAAUUAAGCUGGAUAAUCAUCCCUGCUGCUUUUCAGUGGCUUAAGAGAGAGUUCAUUUUAGUCUUUGUUCUAGGGGAACAGCUGCCCUUAACAUGAUAAAGAUUAACAAACAUAUCCUCUUCCCACUGCAAGCUUGUGAGAUAAAAACAAGACUGUGGAACAUGAGUAAUUUCCAGCGAAAGACAAAGGACUAUUUUAAGAGACAUAUAAGACCAUCAUCGUUUUCAGAACAGGAUCGAGUGUGAUUGAUAAGGCAGUGCCACGAAAAUUUUACUGCUAUUCAAAAGACUUACUUGAUGGUGUUAGCAGGGUGCAGUAUACUUCCUUAAAAGUAAUAUGCUAUAUAAAAAUCCCAGAUUUAAUAGUAUUAAUCAGAAUGAACCAGGGAAACGAGGUAAUUUGGUUUUGGAUGAAAAUAAUGUCUGUACAAGUACACAGAUACAAUUAUUUUUAAUUAUUUUAGAAAGUUCAUUCACAGUUUUACAGACUAACAAACAGUACUUGAAAGUCUUGAAAAUACCAGCUUCAUGCUGACCAUGAAAAGGUACACAUAAUCAAAGUGCUAUUAACGUGUUGGAUAAAAACCUUCACCUGAUUAUUGCAACUAGAAAAAUUGCAAGAAAUAUUUCUGUAAAUUAUUCAAGAUUUUCUUCUUGUAAAUCAAAAUAAAGUUGGUGAGCAGAA